AUGAAGGUUCGCUUACUCUCACGCAACCCUUCUGAUUUUCGCAGGGAAACUGCCGAUGAUAUAUUUAAAAUUCCUAGAAACCACAGCGCGACAGAACACCCAUUUUCGUGUGAAAGAGAAUAUGUCAGAGCAAUUAACGCUGCUAAGCUCGGAAAGAUGAUGGGCAAACCUUUUAUAGGAGCACUUGAAGGAUCAACCGAAAGGGUUACAAAUAUUUCCCUAAAUACGGAGACUUUGGGCAUGGCAACUUUUGGAACAGCUGAUGGGAAGGUCCAAUUCUGGAACGUAUCAAAAAGAAAUAAAGUCGUUGAGGUUAUUGCACAUGAGAGCGAAGUUCGAGGAAUCUGCCACUCCAACAGGUCUCGGCUGAUUUACACUUGUAGUCUAGAUGGUCAACUCAAACAAUGGCGGAUGAAUUAUGAUGAUAUUGUAUCAUGUUGGAAACAACCACUGAGUAGUGUUUUGAUGAAAUGGACUCCCCAUUGUAUGGAUCAUCAUCCUUCAUCAAAUGAGUUUCUUAUUGGUGGUCCAGAGUCAUGUCUGCUAUACUCUUCAGUUAGGCUUGAUGUACCGUUGCGUGAAUGGAGUUGGGGUCAAGAGCCGGUUCAUAAUGCCAAGUUCAAUCCAGUCGAACAUAAUAUUGCAUGUGCUUUAACCAAAGAUAAUUCAUUAAUACUAAUCGACUGCAGACAGGAUCAACCUAUUCGCAAGGUCAAAAUGGAUUUGAAAUUAAAUGCAUUUUCAUGGAAUCCGAUGGAACCAUUCAUAUUCACUGCUGCAUCCGAAGACUAUAAUGUUUAUACAUUCGACAAUCGUUUCUUCAAAUUCCCUCGCAGAGUUCACCGUGGUCACGUAAAUGCUGUACUUGAUGUAGACUAUUCACCAACUGGAAGAGAAUUUGUAACUGGAAGCUACGACUCAACAAUUCGACUUUGGAAGUGUGAUUCUACAGAAUCAUUUGAUGUUUAUCACACCAGACGCAUGAAGCGUGUGCUUGUUGUCAAGGUGACAUUAGAUGCGAAGUUUGUUCUGUCAUCAUCAUCAGAUCAGAACGUCCGACUAUGGAAAGCUCACGCUAACGAACUUAUUGGACCGAUUCAGCCAAGACAAAAAGCAUCCCUACAGACAUGUGAAUCUUUACGAGAGAAAUUCAAAGACCAUCCAGAAGUCCGGAAAAUUCUAAAACAUCGUCAUCUGCCAAAAACGAUUCACGCCUCCAGUAAAGAACAUGCAGUAAUCAGAGCGAAAGAAAGGCGCAAGGAAAGAAAUACUCGUAUAUUUAAUAAAAAUGAUCUUCCAUUUAUUCCUGAUAAAGAGAAACACGUCGUUGCACAAUAUAAAUAG